CGAAAACGAAGCAUCUGCUCCUCCCUUUUCUCUUUUAGGGACAGUUUUGCUUUUAUUUUAAGUGUAUUUAUUUCCUCAGUAUUAAAUUUUUCAACUCAGCUAUGAAUAAUUAUAUAUUUUUCGUCGUCAUAUUCAUGUUUUCAUGUAGGCCUACAACGUCCGCUGUCUCUGAUGAAGCAGACCCCUACAGGAAGCUGGGCUCCUCAUUUGUCCUCUGUUCAGACUACGUGGCUCCUCCAAUCACCAGCAUAACUUGGAAACAUGGACAGGACAUCGCUGUGGACUGGUUUAACGGAAUGAAUGUCACCUGCUAUCGUAUUUUUAAAGACCACUGUUACUUGAAUACAACAUCUGGAUGUCUGACGCUCUCCAACGUGACUCCUGAACACAGCGGCCGCUACACGCCAGAGAUCAGCGACAAAGUCAAAGACCCCAUUGAAAUCAAGAUCAUCUCUCCAGUCCCCAAACCCACUGUUUCCUCAGACUGCAACGAUGAAAAGACCCAGUGUAAUCUGACCUGUGAAGGCAUCAUCACUGAUAACCAUGGACCAGUCAAGUCUAGCUGGAUACUUGGUGACAACAAUGUUACUGGAACCAAGACGUUUCAAAUAACACAGAAGAACCAGGAAAAUCCCAUCGGCUGUGUCCUGGAAAACCCUGUCAGCCGCAAGGAGAGUGAACACAUAAGCAACCCUUUAACUGGAAUAAGGAACCGUCCAAUCAGUGCUAUAGGGAUAGGGAUUCCACUGGUCCUGGUUGUCCUGGUUGUUGUGGCUCUGGUCUCGUAUUUUAUUUGUAACAAAAAACAAGAGAGACAAACAUACACAGAACAGGAGCAGAGUUACAAUGUAGAGAACCACAACAACGAGUUCAAAGAGUCGGCCCAACUUCUGAAGCUGAAACCAACUCUAAACGGGACGACUGUGAACUCCCCAGAGAAGAACAUCAAACCUGACGAACCAACAGGUGAAGAGCACGAGCUGACGGAGGUCACUGUGGCCGACGGCAACAAAGGACCUGACGAACCAACAGGUGAACGACAGGAGCUGCCAGAGGUCACUGGGCCCGACGACAACAACAAAGAGAGCGAACCAGCACCAGCUAAGGAGGAAGAGGAGCAUGCAGCCGAGAAGGACCAGAGCUGAAGUUACAUGUUACAUCUGAAACGCACAACUUUAAAGGGGACCAUUAAGUGCUGCUAAUGAGACAUGGUGCUGUUUUUUAAUGGUUUGUAUUGACCAGUCACUUACGUUCAUAUCAACCUUGGAGGUCUGGAGUCAACUCUGUGUGCCAUUGUGUGCCUUAACUCAUGUUGACACCCCCCUUAUUUUAUUUUUACAUAAACAGUCCUACAUUUAAUUUAAUUUAAAUGCUAUGAUCUUUUUGCGACACUAGGUGUCACUAUAAUACCUGGUGCAGUGGGGAAGACCCAGCUCAGCCGCAUCGGUCAGGUCAGACCCGGCCCUAACCAAUUUGGCGCCCUAGGCAAGAUUUUAGGUCGCGCCCCUCUUGCAUCGCAGUAAAUUCCACUGCUGGUAUAUAUACUCACAAGAAACUGAAUAGCUUUAUACAAAAAAAUAUGAAAUGAAUAUGUGAAAAAUACAAUAUAAAUAGCUUACAUAAAGUGAAAGAUUUAAAUACCCACAAAAUAAAGUGUAAACAAGUGACAUAAAAUAAAUUAUAAAUACAAUAAAUAAACAAAUAAAUAAUAUAAUAAAUAAAUAAGGCACUGCACACAAAAAGAUAUUAAAGAAACAAGUAAAUAAAAAGGGGAGCUUGUUUGUGCUGCUGAGUUGGAGGCGACAGGAGGAGUGCUUGAUGUAGUUGGCCCAAGAUUUGCAGGGGUUGGACUGAGAAACUAUAUAAUACAUAAUAUGAUUUCAAGAUUAAAAUUAAAUGAAAUAAUAUAAAUGAAAAAUCUAAGAGAUACAUGCAUGAUAGGCAGCACGGUGGCUUAGUUUGCAUGUUCUCCCCGUGCUUGCGUGGGUUCUCUCCGGGUACUCCGGCUUCCUCCCACAGUCCAAAAAACAUGCAUAUUAGGUUAAUUGGUGAUUCUAAAUUGCCCGUAGGUGUGAGCGUGAGUGUGGUUGUGAGCAUGGUUUGUGUAUAGGCUCCAGCAGACCCCCGUGACCCCGCAAGGGAUAAAGCGGGUAUAGAUAAUGGAUGGAUGGAUGGAUGGACAUGCAUGAUGUUCACUAUACUGUACAUGUAUAAUAUACAAUGUACUUUUUCUGAUAUGCAAAUGACCGUAUAUAAGACUACAUUUUAUUGUCAUUACAACGAAAUGCUGAUUAGCAGAAUGCAAAGAAGUAGUAAACUUAAACAUAAUAACGAAUGUGGGAAUGCUAAGUUAUGCUUUAACAUCAAUGAUGUGGACUUUAACACUGAUCUAAAGUUUAACGCUAUAAACACACUUUAGACAAUAUGAAGUGUAACACAAACAUACAGCUAGGCUCACAACUAUAAUAAAAGGGUGGAAAAGGAAUAACAUUUUGAUUGACUAUUACAAGCUAAGAAAACCCCCUCCCCCCAGGUAGCAGGUACAGUCUAAUUAGUCGGGGUGGGGGUGACAAGUUUAAAGGCAGAAAUAGAUAGAUUAUAUAUGAACUUGACUAAAGGAGCCUUUAUAGGCUCUAGAACCAGAUGGCUAGAGGAAGGUGAAAGAAUACGAGUUAUUUUUUUUGCACUAGAAAAAAGGAAUUAUAAGAGAAAUAAUAUUACAUCUUUAAUGAUAAAUAAAGCAACAAACUCGAAUCCUUCUGAUAUUGCCAAUUAUACUCUAAAAUUUUAUUCUGACUUGUACAGUUCUACUUAUAACCAAUCUGAAUGUGAAAAAUUUGUAGAUAGUGUAAAAGAUUUUACGCCACAUGUAUCAAACAAAUUUAAAGGAGCUGUAUGUAAGAGCAAUAAUAAAACGAAUCAUAAAAUGAUUGACCCCGAUAUGUCAACAGACAUUUAAAAAUCAUGUUCAUUUCAAAUACUUAUGUCACUGACAACAGCACUCAAGCCAGGAUAUUCCAGUUUAAAAAGAGGAGUUGCAGCCCUCAACUGAUGUUUAUGUUGUAAUUUUUUGUUUUGGCCUGAAGCUCCACCCUCCACCUAUCUCCCAAUCACCAAGUCAGUAUUGUUUCUGAAGCUCCACCCUCCACCUAUCUCCCAAUCACCAAGUCAGUAUUGUUUCUGAAGCUCCACCUAUCUCCCAAUCACCAAGUCAGUAUUGUUUCUGAAGCUCCACCCUCCACCUAUCUCCCAAUCACCAAGUCAGUAUUGUUUCUGAAGCUCCACCCUCCACCUAUCUCCCAAUCACCAAGUCAGUAUUGUUUCUGAAGCUCCACCUAUCUCCCAAUCACCAAGUCAGUAUUGUUUCUGAAGCUCCACCCUCCACCUAUCUCCCAAUCACCAAGUCAGUAUUGUUUCUGAAGCUCCACCCUCCACCUAUC